AAUAAUUUAACUCAUACACUUCUCACCAUUCUCUUGUUUUCUUUUGGUUACUCACAUUAAAGACUAGUCUUAGAUACUGAGAUCUACUUAAAGAAUUUACUUACCUCAUAUGUGUUUUUCUUCACACUCUUAUACCAGGUCAUGCUUCAUCUUUCAUGUUUGAUGCUUGCUGCUUGAUGCUUCAUGCUUCAUGCUUUUCAUGUUAGAUGCUACUUACCAACAACAACUUCUCAAGGCAAAGGCAAUCCUUCUCGGGAUCCAUUCACCUUUCUCAGCUUUUUCCUCUUUCUCUCUCUCUUUCACUCUUGGUGGUUUUCUCAAGAAUUUCUGAAAAGUUUGAAGAAUAGAGAAAGCUAUAUAAGUUUCUGUGGUGGUGAAAGAAAACAUGUCUAAUUUGACUUCUGCAUCGAGUGAAAUAAGUGCUUCUUCAGGAAUCAGAAAUGACAAUGGUUUUUUCCAUGCUCACCAAUACUCCUCUACUUCAAUAAAUCAAGAACCACAACCAAAAAAGAAGAGAAGUCUUCCAGGCCAUCCAGACCCUGAUGCAGAAGUGAUAGCAUUGACUCCAGAGACCCUAUUGGCAACAAACAGGUUUGUGUGUGAGAUUUGUCAGAAAGGGUUUCAAAGGGAUCAGAAUCUGCAGCUUCAUAGAAGAGGGCACAAUCUGCCAUGGAAGCUAAAGAAGAAGAACAGCAAAGAGGUGAGAAAGAAAGUGUAUGUUUGUCCAGAGGCAACAUGUGUUCACCAUGACCCUUCAAGGGCCCUUGGGGACCUCACUGGAAUCAAGAAGCACUUUUUCAGGAAGCAUGGAGAGAAGAAAUGGAAGUGUGAGAAGUGCUCCAAACGCUAUGCAGUUCAAUCUGAUUGGAAAGCUCACUCCAAAAUCUGUGGCACCAGGGAAUACAAAUGUGACUGUGGUACCCUUUUCUCUAGAAGGGACAGCUUUAUCACUCACAGAGCCUUCUGUGAUGCCUUAGCACAAGAAAGUGGAAGAGCAGUGAACCCUCACUCUCUAUUAUCAUCUCAGUCCCAAUUUCGAAGCCAUGGGCUUCAACUUGAAGCAGCAUCAUCACUGGUGAUGAAAAGAGAACAAGAUUUCAACCUAUUAGGUCAAGAAAUUCCAUCAUGGUUAUCUUCUCCAACAGUGUUGGAAGAAUCAAUGCACAGUCAAACACUGAGAACCACCUUAGACUUCUCAACACCACAGUUGUUUCCCACACAUGCGAACCACUCAUUGUUCCACCAUGAUCAAAACCCUAGCCCUACUACUACUUCUACAACAACAGCUUCAACACCCACUUUUCUUCCUUCUUUGAGUUCCUUCCAUUAUUCCACCACUUCUCCUCACAUGUCAGCCACUGCUUUGUUGCAAAAAGCCUCACAAAUUGGCGUAACAGUGAGUGCAGCAACUUCACAAGCGAUGAUAGUGAGACCCCACUUGUUUCUGCAGCAGGUUCACGUGCCUGAAUGUACAACAACAACUCCUACUACAACAGGGUAUAAUAAUAUGGCUUCAUCUUCACCCGUUUCUGGAAUGCUUAUGGCUAUACCUUCACGUGAACAAAUAGGGACUCAUGGAUUUGCUCGUGGCUUGGCAUCUUGAGGGAAUAAAGCUGCAAUGCUCUCUGAUUACUUGGAAGAAGGUGCUGCUGCCAAGUUGCAGAAGCUAGCUAGUGUUGAAUAAUGCUGAUAUAUAUAUAUAUAUAUAUAUAUAUAUAUAUAUAUAUAUAUAUAUAUAUAUAUAUAUAUAUAUAUAUAUCUAUUUAUAUAUGUAUCAUCAAGCAUCUUCUCUCUUUUCCAUGAUAUGAUUGAUGGCUACGAGAUAGUAUAAUUGUACUACUGUGUCCUCUGCUAUUAGAGGCAUGUCUAUUGCACCAACAGAUAAUGUGUGUUAACUUUCAGGAACUUGUUUCAAAACCAACAGAAUAUCCCAGUUUGCUUAUAAAAACAAAAAGGGUACUGCACUAGCCACUACCUUCCAACCA